CCAAAUCUCGUGAACAAUACGAGACAUUACGAGACUGUAAACCUAAACACAAGUGCAACACUCACUCAAUAAUUCUCUCAAAAUAUUAUGCACAAUGUUUGAUGUGGCUUCGUCAAAGGCUGGAGCCCAGGUGGUUCUGGCAACAUCAGCAGACGAGGAAUAUCCCCCUGAAAAUAUCAUAGACGGGAGUCAAGACACUUUUUGGGUGACAACUGGACUGUAUCCCCAAGAAUUUGUUAUCACAUUUCAAGCACUAAUGAAUAUCAACACUGUCAGGAUUCAAAGUUUUAAUGUUAGGAAAAUUACAGUGGGAAGGAGUGUGUCAAAUGAACCCACAGAAUUUGAAUUGCUUCGGGAAAAAGAUGUAGAGUCGACAGAUGGGCAGUUACAAGAAGAAGAGAUUCAUUGUGGGGGUAACCUCACAGCCCAGCACCUCAAGUUUACCAUACAGUCUGGCUACGACCACUUUGCUACAAUACAUCAGGUGCAUGUGGAUGGAAAUGCUGUCCAUAGUUAACAACAGCAGUACCAGUACAACACACUAACUUCAGUUCACGGCUAACAACAACAGUAAUAAUACAGCACAUCAACUUCAAGAACAAAAUGGCAUUUUAGUUUCUGCACUUGGGCAAGGAAAAAGAGAGAAAGAGAGAGAGAGAACAUCAGGUUGUUUUGACUGUAAAAACAAACAAAAAACAUUAUCCAGAAUUAAAACACUACUACUUCAAGUUGUUAGGCCGCAUUCAGAACAGUGGACUAACUAUUCUGUGGUUCAAAUAUGGCGACCCACUAAAAAGCUUGCCGACUAA